AUGGCGACAGCAGCGGCUCGUCCGCUCGUGACAGUUCAGCCGUACGACGAGGCCGGCGCGCCGCAGCAGGCGGCGCUUCCCGCGGUGUUCCUCGCGCCGAUCCGCAGCGAUGUCGUUAAGUUCGUGCACGCGAUGGUUUCGAUGAACAAGCGCCAGCCGUACGCCGUCAGCACCAAGGCCGGCCACCAGACGUCCGCCGAGUCCUGGGGUACCGGUCGCGCCGUGUCGCGUAUUCCCCGCGUUCCCGGCGGCGGUACCCACCGCGCGGGACAAGGAGCCUUCGGUAACAUGUGCCGCGGCGGCCAUCUGUUCGCACCGCUCCGCAUCUGGCGCCGCUGGCACCGCAAGGUCCCCAUCAAGAUGCGCCGCCAUGCGGUCGCCUCCGCCAUUGCCGCCUCCGCCGUGCCCGCUCUCGUCCAGGCGCACGGCCACGCCGUCAGCAAGGCGCCGGAGCUGCCGCUGGUGGUGGGCAACGAGAUCGAGUCGGUCGACAAGACCUCCUCCGCGCUGAAGGCGCUGAAGCGCAUCGGCGCGUACGAUGACGUGGCGAAGGUGAUCGCGACGAAGAAGAUCCGGCCCGGCAAGGGCAAGAUGCGCAACCGGCGGUACCUGAGCAAGAAGGGCCCGCUCAUCGUGUACGGCACCGACGGCGCCAAGCUCACCAAGGCCUUCCGCAACAUCCCCGGCGUGCAGGUGGUGGCGGUCGAGAAGCUGAGCGUGCUCGAUCUGGCCCCCGGCGGCCGCGUGGGUCGCUUCGUCAUCUGGACGCAGAGCGCGUUCGACAAGCUCGAGGGGCUCUUCGGGUCGUUCUCGCAGGCGCCCACCAUGAAGCGCGACUUCCUGCUGCCGCGCGCCGCUAUUGUCAACUCGGACAUCACGCGCAUCAUCAACAGCGAUGAAGUGCAGAGUGUGUGCCGGCCGAAGAGGGCGGCGCCUAAGCCGCUGCACCGCCUGAAGCGCAACCCGCUGAAGAACCGCACCACCAUGGCCGUGCUCAACCCCUUCGCCGCGGACAAGCGCAAGCAGCUCGCCGAGGCUGCCGGCCAGCCCAAGACCAAGAAGGCCCGCGAGACGGAGGAGGCCAAGAAGGCGGGAGAGGCGUGGUACCAGACCAUGAUUUCAGACUCGGACUACCUCGAAUUCGAAAACUUCACCAAGUGGCUCGGCGUGUCUGAGCUCUCAGGCGGCUCGAUCGCCGCCAACUUGCUGCGAAGUCGCAGCCACCGCGAUCGCCGGUCGCUUUCCGCCAACCGCGAUUCGCCGUUGUUGUUGUCACUGGCAGGCGGAACAGCGCACGCUCGGAUCUCCAGGCAGACCCACCUUCCUGUUCCCUCUCCACGAUCUACCCGGCCCGCUGCUGCGUCUGCCUCGGCCUCUGCUGCCGCCGCUGCCGCGCCAGUCAACAGAUCUGUGACUAUGGAGGGAGUGACUAUGCGCGUGCCGCCUCCCCCGCAUCCCACGUGUGACGUCAUGAUGUCCGUGAAAGCCGCUUUGGAGGAAGACGCUGGCGAUCUCGGGGACGUCACGAGUCUGGCGACCAUCCCAGCGGGCACACAAGCGAGCGCACAGUUCCUGGCGAAGGAGGGCGGCGUGCUGGCUGGCACUGCGCUGGCCACGGCUGUGUUCCGACUGCUGGAUCCGAGCAUUCAGGUGGAGUGGAGCAAGGAAGAUGGGGACACGGUGCAGAAGGGCGAGGUGUUUGCCACCGUGCAAGGGUCGGCCCAUGCCAUCCUGCAGGGCGAGCGCGUGGCACUCAACUUCAUGCAGCGCAUGAGCGGCAUUGCCACGUCCACCAGGGCCAUGGUAGAGGCAGCCCGCCCUGCCACAGUGCUAGAGACACGCAAGACCGCCCCGGGACUCAGAAUCACAGACAAGUGGGCGGUGCUGAUAGGAGGGGGUCAGAACCACCGAGUUGGGCUGUACGACAUGCUGCUGGUGAAGGAUAACCACAUCGCUGCUGCUGGCGGUGUGCCCGCAGCUAUCAGCUCUGCCAGAGAGUACAUCCGAUCCAACGGCCUGGAUCUCCCGGUGGAGGUGGAGGCCCGCACCCUGGAUGAGCUCCAGGAGGUGCUGAGGUGCCGUGGCGAGGGAGUGGGGCGGGUGACGAGGGUGAUGCUGGACAAUAUGGUGGUGCUGCGGCGAGGGGGAGGGGACGGCGGAGGCGCAGUGCAUGUGGAUGUAACCAUGCUGCAGCAGGCAGUGGAUCUGGUGAAAGGACAGCUGGAAACGGAGGUAGGAUGA